CCACCUCCACGCCGCCGCCGCCACCCUCCAGAGGCCCGCCAGCCUCGCAGCUGGAUCCCGAGCAUCAUACAGCAGCCAGCAUAGCCACCUGGGUUCCGAGCUAAGGGCCCUGCAGUCCCCUGAGCACCACAUAGAUCCUAUUUAUGAAGACAGAGUCUAUCAGAAGCCGCCUAUGAGGAGUCUCAGCCAGAGCCAGGGGGACCCUCUUCAGCCAGCACAUACCGGCACCUAUCGCACGAGCACAGACCUGGUUAACCAUUUCUGUGAACAGGUCCUCAAUUUUUUACUUUGUCCCUACUUUCCUGUCGUAGCCCCAUCUUCCCCUGGUGUCGACUCCGUACCCUUACAGCGCACAGGCAGUCAACACGGCUCCCAGAACGCAACCGCGACCUUCCAGAGGGCCAGCUAUGCAGCAGGCCCGGCCGCCAAUUACGCAGACCCCUACCGACAGCUGCAGUAUUGUCCUUCUGUCGAGUCACCAUACAGCAAAUCUGGACCAGCCAUCCCGCCUGAGGGAACCUUGGCUAGGUCCCCUUCCAUUGAUAGCAUUCAGAAAGAUCCAAGAUCUUUCAUGAACCCUUUUUCCUGGAUGAUGGUUGCCUCCAAUAAGAUUUCAAAUACGCAUUCAAAUGUAGAGUUUGGAUGGAGAGAUCCAGAACUUCCAGAAGUUAUACAGAUGUUACAGCAUCAGUUCCCCUCCGUGCAGUCCAACGCUGCUGCCUACUUACAGCAUCUGUGUUUUGGAGACAAUAAAAUAAAAGCGGAGAUCAGAAGACAAGGAGGAAUACAAUUACUGGUGGACCUCCUGGACCAUCGAAUGACAGAAGUCCACCGCAGUGCCUGUGGAGCUCUGAGGAACUUGGUCUAUGGGAAAGCAAAUGACGACAACAAAAUUGCUUUGAAAAACUGUGGGGGUAUUCCGGCACUAGUGCGAUUACUCCGCAAGACCACAGAUUUGGAAAUCAGAGAACUCGUCACAGGUGUGCUCUGGAAUCUCUCCUCUUGUGAUGCACUGAAGAUGCCAAUCAUCCAGGAUGCCCUUGCAGUGCUGACCAAUGCGGUGAUCAUUCCUCAUUCGGGAUGGGAGAAUUCCCCUCUCCAGGAUGACCAUAAAAUCCAGCUUCAUUCAUCACAGGUGCUGCGCAAUGCCACUGGGUGCCUACGGAAUGUCAGCUCUGCUGGAGAAGAGGCCCGCAGAAGAAUGCGAGAGUGUGACGGACUGACCGAUGCGUUGCUCUACGUGAUUCAGUCUGCUCUCGGAAGCAGCGAAAUUGAUAGCAAGACCGUUGAAAACUGUGUGUGCAUUUUAAGGAACCUCUCCUACCGACUCGCGGCAGAAACCUCUCAGGGACACCAAACGGGGACUGAUGAACUGGAUGGCUUACUGUGUGGCGAGGCCAACGGGAAAGAUGUGGAAAGUUCCGGAUGCUGGGGCAAGAAGAAGAAGAAGAAGAAAUCGCAAGACCAGUGGGACGGAGUAGGACCGCUCCCGGACUGUGCGGAACCACCCAAAGGAAUCCAGAUGCUGUGGCACCCAUCCAUAGUCAAACCCUACCUCACACUUCUCUCCGAGUGCUCAAAUCCAGACACCUUGGAAGGGGCAGCAGGCGCCUUGCAGAACCUGGCAGCAGGGAGCUGGAAGUGGUCCAUCUACAUCCGUGCCGCCGUCCGGAAAGAGAAAGGCCUGCCAAUCCUGGUGGAGCUGCUACGAAUAGACAACGACCGGGUGGUGUGUGCCGUUGCGACAGCUUUACGGAAUAUGGCCUUAGAUGUCCGGAAUAAGGAGCUGAUAGGCAAAUAUGCCAUGCGGGACCUGGUCCACCGACUUCCUGGCGGUAACAAUAGCAACAGUUCAACAAGCAAGGCCAUGUCGGAUGAUACUGUGACUGCCGUCUGUUGCACCUUGCAUGAAGUCAUCACAAAAAACAUGGAGAAUGCGAAGGCCUUACGGGAUGCAGGUGGAAUUGAGAAGCUGGUUGGCAUUUCCAAGAGUAAAGGAGACAAGCAUUCGCCAAAAGUAGUGAAGGCAGCAUCUCAGGUCUUAAACAGCAUGUGGCAGUACAGGGACCUGAGAAGUCUCUACAAGAAGUGGGCGGCCGCAGACUUCCGAGUGGCUGAGGACAGAGGGAUUUCACCCGCCCAUCAUUCUGAGGCGGGGCCCGCUCAGCAAGCCCCCUCCCCGAGCCAGGAGAGCAGACUCUAUGCCCCAAUUCAGGAUGGAUGGUCACAAUAUCACUUUGUAGCCUCAUCUUCCACAAUAGAGAGGGAUCGGCAGAGACCGUACUCGUCAUCCCGCACGCCCUCCAUCUCUCCGGUGCGCAUGUCUCCCAACAAUCGCUCAGCAAGUGCCCCAGCCUCACCUCGAGAAAUGAUUAACUUAAAAGAAAGAAAAACAGACUAUGAAUCCACUGGGACAAAUGCUACUUACCAUGGAAGUAAAGGAGAACAUACUUCGAGGAAAGACGCAAUGACAGCUCAGAAUGCAGCAAUCUCUACUUUGUAUAGGAAUUCUUAUGGUGCGCCUGCUGAAGAUAUCAAACACAACCAGGUUUCAACGCAGCCAGUCCCACAGGAACCCAGUCGGAAGGACUAUGAAGCAUAUCAGCCAUUUCAGAAUUCCACCAGAAACUAUGAGGAGUCCUUCUUUGAAGACCAAGUGCACCACCGCCCACCGCCCAGCGAGUACAAUAUGCACCUGGGACUGAAGUCCACGGGGAAUUAUGUCGACUUCUAUUCAGCCGCACGACCCUACAGUGAGCUCAAUUAUGAAACAAGCCACUAUCCAGCAUCUCCAGAUUCCUGGGUUUGAAAUUGGGGCAAGAUUUCAAGCAAGCAAGAGGCUCCGGGGGACUGUGCAUGUGCAUGCAAACCACACCAGACAUCUUUUUCCCGCCAAUUUAGUUUGUUCAAGCCUGUUCCGUAGGAGGGCCCAGGUAACCCAUCUGGGGAAAUUCAAGAUACUGUCGACAGCUAAAAAGAAUUGGAAGUUACGGGGGUGGGGGUGGGGGCCACGAGCAAGGAGGGAACUGUAUCUAUUUCUGUAUCUAUAUAGUCCCGUCUCUCUAUAUAGAAAUAUAUGGUGGGGGGCAGCUUUACAGUUGACCUUGUAUGUGGAAUUUAAAAACCACGAGUGCUGUGCACCGAAUGCGGCUGAAGGGCGUGGGACAGGAAAGUGCGACAGGAGACGAGGGUCCAGAGUUAAGCACAAGAAAACCGAGGCCAUUUACACACCUUGGGGGAGGGGGGACAGCUUCUCACACUUGGUUUACUCUCCUCAUCCAUUGUGAAUUUAGGCUUCCAGUUGCAUUUGGGGUUUCCUCUGUACAGCAAGAUGUUUCUUGCCUUUUGUUAAUGCAUUGUUGUAAAGUAUUUGAUGUACAUUACAGAUUUAAAAAGAAAAAGCAAGAGAAAAGUGCAUUGUGUAUAUUACACCAAUGGCACAGUGUUUCUUCAUCUAUGGUUCUAAAUACUGCUUCAAUUUCCAAACUUUGAAAUAUGUAUGAAUUCCCAGAGGGGAGGCGAAAGGGUUUUUUUUUCAUUUUAUUUCUUUUCCCAGUGCAUUUUAACAAAAGAAAAAAACCAGACUAUUUAGCAGUAUUGUUUGUUCUGAUAUGUGAAUUUGUUUGUGGCAACUUAAAAAAAAGACUUUCAGCAGUUUCUGACAAUUAACAUUCAUCAUUCCACACUCCUUGUCAACGAAGUGCUUUUUCACUGCCUAAAAUUUUAGCUGUAGAUAUUUGAAAUAGAUUUUUUUCAUUUAUACCAGUUUUCUUUAUGAUGAUACAGUGUUAAAAGAAAAUAAAUUCCAAUUGAUCUGUC